AUGGGUAUCACGGGGAUCCGCACUGCCUUGAAGGUCGACCUAGAGAAACAUGCCCGCGAGCAGCCUGGGUUACACAACCGAUGGCACCCCGAUAUUCCGGCUUGUGGAAAGAUCGCCAAUAAUGAAAUCGUCAAAAUCGAGUGUCUGGACUGGACUGGAGGACAAAUUAAGAAUAACGACUCAGCUGAUGACGUGAAGAAUGUUGACCUAACUGAGAUUCACUAUCUCUCCGGUCCGUUCGACAUCGAGACUGCGGAACCAGGCGAUGUCUUAGUGGUUGAGAUUCAAGACGUCCAGCCCUUCCAGGAGCAACCUUGGGGCUUUACUGGUAUCUUCGAUAGACAUAAUGGCGGUGGUUUCUUGGAUGAGCUGUAUCCGAAAGCGGCGAAAGCGAUUUGGGAUUUUGAAGGAAUAUUCUGCUCCUCGCGACACAUUCCGCAUGUCCGAUUCGCGGGUCUGAUCCAUCCUGGAAUUAUGGGAUGUGCGCCUUCAGCGGAGGUUCUUGCUGAAUGGAACCGUCGCGAGGGCGAGCUGAUUUCUGCGAACACAAUUGAGGAUCGUAUCGUUGCACAGCCACCAAACCCCACGAACACCCAUGCCGGUAGUGCUUCUGAGGAUAUUAAGGAAAAGGUUGCGCGGGAGGGAGCACGAACAAUCCCAGGUCGUCCUGAACACGGAGGUAACUGCGAUAUCAAAAACCUCUCCCGGGGCUCCAAGGUGUAUCUUCCCGUUCAUGUCUCGGGCGCAAAGUUCUCUGUUGGAGAUCUCCACUUCUCCCAGGGAGAUGGUGAGAUCUCAUUUUGUGGCGCAAUCGAGAUGGCAGGUGUGAUCACAUUGAAGUUCUCUGUAAUCAAGGAUGGCAUGGCGAAGUUGGAUAUGAAGUCGCCUAUUUUCCACGCCGGACCUGUUGAGCCUCAAUUCGGCCCCGGACGCUAUCUCACUUUUGAGGGAUUCUCAGUCGAUGAGAAUGGCAAGCAGCAUUACCUGGAUGCCACGGUGGCCUAUCGGCAGACCUGCUUGCGUGUCAUUGAAUACCUUCGACGAUUCGGGUACAACGAUUAUCAGAUCUACUUGCUGCUGAGCUGUGCCCCUGUGCAAGGACAUAUUGCUGGUAUUGUUGACAUACCCAAUGCCUGUACUACCAUCGGUGUUCCGAUGGAUAUAUUUGAUUUUGAUAUCAGACCCGAGGCUGAGGUUUCGAAGAAAGACAUGGGAGUCUGCGCAUUUGCUAGCGAGUAA